CUAAGGAAGAACGUGAUGCCGAAGUGGGAAUUCCACAUCUGGGCCGCGAGCUUCCUUAACCGACGGGAUUUUGCCGGGGGUGAGUCAGCGUUCUCCAGCUGGAUUGUUUUCCUGCUUCUCGGGCGAGGCCGGGAUCCGUGGGAGCUCCGGCCGCUCAGCCGCCGGAAAUUCGAGCGCCGCCGAACGGCGAUCCCAACGCGCGAAUCCGGUCAGUCGGCCGUAUUUAUCGAGCGCUUGCCGGGCGCAGAGCGCCGUACCGAGGACACCCUAACAGCCGACAGAUACGUUCCUCGCCCGCCACGGGCUGGCGGUCCGGAGGAGGACCCGGACGUUAAUAGAAAUAAAUCGAUUACGGAUAUCCGGGGCCACCCCCCACCCCGGCCGCGGCGGCAGAUGGACGACCCGGACGACAGCCUGAGCCUGGCGGACGCCCUGACCGAGCCGGUCCCCGACGUCGAGGAGGCGGUGAAGCGGGACUUCAUCGCCACCCUGGAGGCGGAGGCCUUCGACGACGUGGUCGGGGAGACCGUGGGCAAGACGGACUACAUCCCCCUCCUGGACCGCGACGACGGGGCCGCGGACGGGCCCGGCGGCCCGGAGCCCGGCAGCGAACCCCGCCCGGACGAGGGGCCGGCAGAACAUGCUUCGGCUGCCAAAGGGGUGGUGCUGGCCAACGGCGACCACGGAGUGCGGGACGGCGAUGCCAGAGCCUCUCCCGCCGAGCUUCCGGACGAGAUGGCGUCUCACGGCGACUUUCUGGACAACAGGCAGAGCUGGCCGGAGGACGACAGAGACUUCUGCUUCCAGCCCCAGCUGGUGACGAACCCCCCGGAUCUGGACCCCUUUAAGAUGCUCCGAGACAACACGCUGCCUGAUCCACCGUUCCCGUGGCCCGGGGCGGCCCACAGCCUUAUCUUCACCGAGCACUCGGACGACCUGAAUGACUUUCGGGGUUCAGACGUGCCCCCGUGCGCCUCCGCCGCGGAUCCAAGACCAGUGGAUGAAUUCCCUACUGCCGAAAUGUCACCCUUCGACUUCCUGGAAUCUCCCGUUCGCCCUCCGCAGCCCCCGGCAGCAGCGGCCAAGGAGGCUCCCGGGAGAGGAUUCGAAGAGACGGAGCGGCCAACGAGCGAGGUCCGGUCGCCGGCCGAGGACGUCGACGCGUCCCCGGCCGAGGAGGCCGCGACACGGCCGGUCCUCGACGCGCAACGGACACCGAGCGAGGAGAACCCCCUAGCCGGGGAGGUAGAGGAGACCCUCACUCCCGAGGAGGAAGAGUCGUUCCUUCUCGAGCUGGGCCCGACGCCAUCCGAGGGGGCGCCCGCUGCCCGGGAAGUAGAGGGGACGCCCACCCCCAAGAAGGAAGUAGCCCCGGGCAAGGAGCCGGCGCCGACCCCGACCGAGGAGACCCCCCCGGGCAAGCGAGGAGAGGGGGCGUCCACCCCCGAGGAGGAGGAGCUGCCCAAGGAGACGCCCGCGGUCGAGGAAACGGAAGCGACGCCCACCCCCGAGAAGGACGCCGGGCCGGCCCUGGGGCCGACCCCCACCCAGGAGACCCCCGCGGUCAAGGAAGCGGACGUGACGCCCGCCCCCGAGCCGCCCAGGGGGCUGACCCCGACCGAGGAGACCCCCACGGUCAAGCGAGAAGGGGGAGCGAUGACCCCUGAGGAGGAGGAGUUGGUACCGCCGGCCUCUCCGGGGCGGUCGACGCCACCCAAGGAGACGACGCCUCGGGCCCGGGAGGAGGAGGGGAUGCCCGGCCCCGAGAAGGAAGCCGGGCCGGCGGAGGAGCCGGACCUGGCGCCGCCCGAGGGGUCCUUCCCAGCCGUGGGAGGCGAGGAGACCCCCUCCCCCGGGGAGACGGCGACCCCAACCAAGCCGCCGGAGUCGGCGGCGUCCGUCAAGGAGGCGGAGGCGCCGCCCUCCCCAGAGAAGGAGGCGGCCCCCGCGGCCGCCGUGGCGGAGGCGGCGACGGUACAAGCCGGGGAGACGGCGAAAGAAACCCCUCCGGCCAAGAAGGCGGGCACACCGGGCGAGGACGCGGGGUCCCCGCCCGCCGGGGAAGUGGCAUCGGCCAAGGAGGCAGAGCUUGAGGGGCUCCGGCUGGGACCCCCUCUCGCCGCCGAGGUCGCGGGCGCCUCUUCGUUCACGGCAACACCGGGCCUCGAUCCUACGGUGGAGGAGUGGGCGGCGUUUGACCGUUGGAGCCAGAGGUCCCCAGGGCCACACAGCCAAGCUCCUGCAGAUCCUUUAGAACCGGUGGCAGCCAUGGAGCCGAAACCAAGGUCCCCCGAGCCCCCCGUGCCCGCGACAGAUAAGGCGCCCGCCGUAGAAAAGCUGGAGGCGACCGAACCGUCCGUCUUUCCACCCCCAGCUCAGCCUCCAGAGCCUGCAGCGCCAGCCCCGAAGCUCGCGGCGUCGGUAGACGCUGAAGAGGCGCGUCCAGGGGAGACCGCCCCCGAGGCCGACCUCGCCGGAAUGGAGAAGCCCGCGGAGGAGGGGACGCCCAGCCGCCUCCCGCCCCCACAGCCUCCUCGGGAACCCACAGGUCUCCUCACCUCCCAAAUUAGGCCUGGGCCCCAAUCCGGCGAGCGCUUGUUUGACAGGGCUGCGCCCGCCCUCCUUAGCGACGCCCCGGCCGAGCGGCCGGGAGGAGGUCCCCCCCCGCGGAAGAGCUCGGAGCCACGGACGGACCUCUCCUUCGGGCCCCCCAGGGCCAGGCCCCCGCCCCGGAAGAUCCCCUACGGAGACGGGGCCCCGCCCCGCCGGGACCUGGGGAGGGAGAGCUGGGAGCCGGAAGGGGGGCCGGCCCUGCUGAGGAAGAAAAAGAAGAAACCGAGGCCGAAGAGGAACCCGCCCCCGAGAGGAGGGGAGCCUUGGGAGGACGAAGGCGCCGAGGGGCCGGGGGGGGCUCCCCCCUUCGGGGCAGAGAGGGAGAAGGGGCCCGGGGAGACGCCUCGAGGCCUCGAGGGCCCGGCUCCAGGCCGCCCCGAUCCCCGGCCCGGCCCGGCCCGGCCCGCGCUGGACGGCGAGGCCGGAGGGAAGGCCGCCCGCGUGGCGGAAAUGAAAGGCCACGGCUUGGGGCCCCGGAGCCCGGAUCGGGGUCCCGGGGACCAGGAGGCGGCCACGCCACCGGACCUCAGACGCAGAGACACCCAGCCGGAGCCCCGGAUCUCCGCUCCGGUGCCCGCGGCCGCCCCGGAACAGGACACCCCAGGGACGGAGAGUAGGCGGAAAGAGGGGGGCCCCCCUGGCAGAGGGGCUUCUCCGGGGGUUCCCGGGGCGCCCCCGCAGAACCUCUCCUCGGCCCGAGCGGCCGAGAGGGGUUUCCCGGAGCCCGGGUUCCCGCCCGCCGAGCUGCCGUGGGACCGUCCCCUCCCCGAGGACGGCGCCGACCCCGCUUGGAAAGAGAGAGGAGAUGGCAAGGGCGGGAAGGUCCGAGGGCGGCCGGGGAAGGGCAGAGAGCGGCCGGACCUGCCCAUCCUGGCCCCGGAUGUCCCGGCGGGCCGGGAGACCCCGCUCCCGCGGGAGGGCUCCCCCCGGCGCGGCCCGAGGACGAGUCGGGGGCCGGGCUCGCCGCCCGCCCACCGAGCCCCGGAGAUCACGGCCGACCUCGUGGCCGCGCUGGUGGCGGACGGGCCGGCGGGGGGUCCCGGCUCUGGCCUAUCUAAGCAGCCCGGGCCUCUGGGGAGCGGAGGGGGCACGGGGCGGACCCCCGCCCCCACGGGUCAGGCGCCGACCCAGACAGGAGGGGAGGCGAGGAGUCUCGCCGACCCCCUCGCUGCAGGCCGGGCCAGGGAGAAACCUAGGAAGAGGGGCAGCGACGGGAGGAACAAAAAGUUCAAAGCCAGCGGCUCCCCGGAGGGGCCGCUCCGCGCCGCCGGCCCGCCCUUGCUCAGCCGGGAUGGGACCGGAAGCGUCCCCGGAGGCCGCCAGGAGUUUGGACUCGAGCCCCCGCGGGUCUCCGACCCCCGGGCUCCAGUUGACGGGAAAGUUCAGAGCGUCGAGGCCGGCUCCUCUGAGCCGCGGGAUCGCGGGGAGGAGGAAGCGGCCGCAGAUAGGGUUUCCGCCGCCGGGAAGACGACGGAGGCGAGCGUCCGGAACGAAGCCCCGGGGGCAGGGUCCGUUCCCGCCGGGCCCCCGGGGGAGAGCCAGGAGGACGCGAGACGGGGACGGGGCACGCCGGCCGGCAGGGCCGAGCCCGGGAGCAGCGAUGAGAAAAGCGGGAAGGGGAAAAGUAGUUCCUCUGAGCAGCCCGUCGUCCCAGCGGCCGAGGCAGGCGCCACCAAAGCGCAGGUCCCCAUGGCAACGGAGGCCGACCGCAGCCCCGAAGCCACGACCUGUGUAGAUGAGAACAGCAAUGUCACCCGUAGACGUCUGGGCCCACCGCUGUCCUGGGACAAGGAGCCGAACCCACCGGGGACCCGGCCCCUGUCCGGGGCAGAGAGCGGGGUCAGAGAGGCCUUUCCGGGGCCCCGGGCGGUUAGCGGGAGCGAGUCGGCCGAGGCUUCGAAGCCCACCGUCCCGGCAUCUGGGGGUAGAGAGGGCGCGAAAGAUGGGCGCGAGGCCCCCCGGGUCAGCAGGCCUCAAGUCCCCAGCCUAGCGGAGGCUCCGGCCCCCUCGCUGGCCUCGAGACCAGAUGGAAACGGAGGAGAGCGCCCGGCCGGCCACGAGACGGGGCGGCGGACCCCCCUCGGGGGCCCUGGGCUGCCGGGAAGUGAGGCGGGCCCCGGGCCCGAGGCCCGGUUAGGAGAGGCGGAUCGGAAAGUCAGAGAGGGCGGCUCCGGGGAGACGGAGCCCAAGGCGGGAGGUGGUGCCCCGGGGCAGCCGGAGGAGAAGGGGCCCCGGAGGGCGGAGCGGCAGGGCCGCCCCGGGGAAGGAGAAGGCCCCCCGGCGUCCCUCGGCCCGGCGCCCGAGCGGAGCAGGGCGGGACCGGGGGCGGCUCCGGGCGAGGGACCCGGAGAGCUCCGAACGGCGGGCGCCGAGGCCCCCGGAGCGUCGUCUCCGCCUCCUCCCACCGCUCCAGAAGGCCGGACCGGAGAACUCAGACCCGAAGCGGGCGACAAGGGCGCUCCCCCGGAGCCGCCGGGCCCCGGCCCGGCGCCCCAGACCUCGGCCCCCCGGCCCCCCGGCCCCAGAGAAGAGGCGCCGCGUCCCAAGGCGGCGGAGCCACCGGGGCCAAAGGCCCCAGGAGCCGGGAAGAGGGAAGAACGGGCUAAGGCGGCGGAAGGGCUGAAAGGCUACAUGCGGCCCACCAAGUCCCGAGGCCCGCCGCCCGCGCUGCCCAGACCCGCCGCCCAGGACCGCCAGAAGCCGAAACAGCCCAAGCCUGACGCCGAGGCCGAAGGCGCCCAGCCGCCGCCCGUGACCCUGCCCGGAAAUGACAUCACGGCUCCUCCGAACAAGCUGCUCCCCCCGAGCCCCGAGAAGAAAGCGAAGCCUUCGGCCACCGCUCCAUCGGCAAAGACCGCGACACCGAAAGCCAAACCGCUCACCUCCUCCUCCACCACCGCCACCCCUAAGCGGCCGGCUUCCACCCCUGGUGGUGCGAGCAAAAAGCCCAUGAGCCCCGCCCCAGGCCCGGCACCGGCCGCCACCCCCAAACGCCCGGCCACCACCACCGCGCGACCCUCCGCCCUGGCGCCGAGAGACGCCAAGCCAAAGGCCGUCGAUGCCAAGGUUCCCGAGAAGCGCACGUCGCUCUCCAAACCGGCCUCCGCCCCGGCCCCCAGGCCCGGCUCCAAGAGCGGCCCGACCACGCCCCGGGCCACCGCGGCCUCCUCGCCGGCUGCCGGGGGGCCGGCCGCCAGGAGCACCUCGGCCUCCCCUCCCAAGAGGCCCACCUCCAUUAAGACUGACGCCAAGCCCGCCGAGGCCAGGAAGACGACCACGAAGCCCUCUACAGACCUGAGCCGCCCCAAGAGCGCUCCCACGGGCUUGCUCAAGAGCGGCGUGCCCAGCACCCCUGCCGGGGGCGCUCCCCCUCCGCCGGGGGCGGCCGUCACCGGCCGCCCGAAGCCCAGGCCCGCCGCCGCCCGGCCCCCCGCCGCGGACCUGAAGAAGCCGGCCGGGCCCAAGGCCGCCCCGGCGAAGCCGAGCGCCGCGGCCCCCAGGCCGAGCCGCCCGCCCACCAGCCUGUCCGCCCCCGACCUGAAGAACGUCCGCUCCAAGAUCGGCUCCACGGACAACAUCAAGCACCAGCCGGGCGGAGGGCGGGCCAAAGUAGAGAAAAAAACGGAGGCAGCCGGUCCGGCGCGAAAGCCUGAGCCCAGCGCCGCCCCCGCCGCCACUAAAACCGCCUCCGCUCCCAAAGAGAGUGCGCAGAAACAGCCCAAUGGCAAAGUCCAGAUAGUCUUCAAAAAAGCCAACUACAGCCACGUUCAGUCCAAGUGUGGCUCCAAGGACAAUAUUAAGCAUGUCCCUGGAGGGGGGAAUGUUCCAAUCGCCCCCAAGCCGGCUUCCGGCAGCCGUGCCGCCCCGGCCCACAAACCGAACCCCAGCAGAGCCAGUGUGCAGAUCCAGAACAAGAAAGUCGACCUGUCCAAAGUGUCCUCCAGGUGCGGCUCCAAGGCCAACAUCAAGCACAAACCCGGGGGAGGAGACGUCAAGAUCGAAAACCAGAAGCUGAACUUCAAAGAGAAGGCCCAGGCCAAGGUGGGGUCCCUGGACAACGUGGGCCACCUGCCCGCGGGGGGCGCCGUGAAGAUUGAGUCCCACAGGCUGACGUUCCGGGAAAACGCCAAGGCCCGCACUGACCACGGAGCGGACGUCGUGUCCAAGCCCUCCGGCCUCCUCGCCGGCGGCCGGCCCCUCGGCUCCCCCGCCCCGUCCCCCCCGCUCCCCGGAGACCGGCCGGCCGCCCAUCCCUCCCGGCGGCGCCCGUGACUCCGCCCCGGGGGUGGCCGGGAGGGGCACGGGGAGCGCCCCCCGCCCCCGGGGAGAGCUCACCCUGCCCGCUCCCUCUCACCCCCGCGGAGGGGGCCGCUCCACCUCCCCGCCCUCCGGGGCCGGAGGCGGGAGCCUCGGCCGGGCCGGGGGGCCGACGACCCGGACGGAGCCCCGCUUCAACGAGCGCGGCCCCGGUACCCGAGGGCGGCAGCCGCGCGCCGCCCCGCCGCCCCCGCGCCCUCCCCCUCUCCCCCCUUUUGAUUUUCCUCAAAGAGAAAAGCGAGCAAAACCAAGAAAACUCUGUCCUUGCUGCUUCCCCCCCACCCGGUGUUCCUAUUUAAAUGAAAAAUGUAUAUUCCAAACCCACGGUAGGCGGUGUCGCCUCUUGACUUUACCUUGCAGUUUCUUCCGUGACGAAGUGUGGACGAUUCUCUUGUGCUUCAUAAACAGCCUCGGGUUAAGUUUCCUUUGGGGUCCUCCCUGCCGCCGUCCCCCGCCCCGUCCUCGAGCCGUAGGAGCGUAGAGACAUUAAUCGCCGCCGCCGUGCCGUAUUGACAUAUCCAGCAGGUGUAACUCUGUUCUCUUGUCUUUUGAUCUCCAACCGACGGAGCGAUCGAUUCGGAGGGAUUAAGCCAUGUCGGAAACGAGGGUCCCGAGCAGGUGCGGAAGGGAAGGUGGAAGGGUCUCCCCUCCGCCGGCGGGCCGGCCGCCGGGGCGCCCCCCCCGCCCCGCCGGCGGAGGGACCGUCCGGCGGAGGGUGAAGUCCAGGUGGACGAAGGGAAGACGGACGGUUUUUGACGCUGAGGGGUCGGUUUGCCGUGUGCGAGUUUGCGUUGGUGUUUUUGUGUCCGGUUUUUUUUCCCCCCCCUUUUUGAACGGAGGCCGAUCGGCGGGCAGUCUGUCCCGUGCCGACGGGAGGGAGGGAGAGGGGGCCGCCGGCCGCCUGCCGCGGGCAGGGCGGGCCCGGUGGCUCCGGGCGCCUAGACCGCCCCGGGCCCGUGGGCGAUGACACUAAUGACCGGUCCGAAACGAGGAAUUAACGCAGUGGGGAAAGGAUGGGGUCUGCCGAGGGAUUCGAGCUUCCUGAUUUCCAGGCCGGAUGGCCGCCUCGCCGACCCGGGGUCGGCGCCGACCCCUCCCCGCCCGCCGGAGGCGAAGAGGGGCAGGACCGCCUUCCCCGGGCCGGUGGGCGGGUGACACGUUCCCUCCCCGAGAAACUGACAGUAAUCUGGAAUCCCGGGAUCUGUAUUGACACACAAAGAUUCUUAUUGCACUUGUAUUUUUUAUAUUAAAGUUUGCAUGGUUUCUAAUAAAAUGGCAUUAAAAUGUAACGUAGUUGGCAUUGAAAUGGUCUGGCAGUCCAAGCGCUUGCUCCUCCCGAGAGCCUUAACGCAGCCGGGCAGACUUGCGAUGAGGAAAAAGAGUUGGCACCCGCUUCUCUGCCGGGGCCCGGGCACCCACGCCAGCCGUGCGCCUGCGUGCCACAGGAAGGACCUUCGGUGGUCCGGGGCCGCUCCUCUUCUCCACCCCCUCCUCCCGCUCCCCCGGGGCUGCCGCUCCGAGAGCCGGCGACCUCAGGGGGCCGGGCCUCCCCCGGGACGAGCCUCUGCCUCAGUUGGACCGGUUGGGGACUGGAGGGGUGCGGAGAAGCUGGACACCCGCUGGGGUCGGACCCCUGCCGGGUGAUGCCCGUCUUUAGCGGAGGGAGGGUUGUGGGGGAGGGCACGAAGGCCUGCCACGACACUUCCCCACUAGUCUGUGGAGACGGGAGCCGCUCGAAGUGGAGAGGCUCCGGCCUUCGACGCUUGUCCCGCUGGGCAGAGUAGCCGGGCCCUCUCUGCCGACCCCUUUGCCUCGGAGCUUGCCCGGACGGGCACUGAGGGGAACCGAAACCGGGGAGGGUGUUUGUGCCGGAUGCCCUGGUGUUUGGUGGACGGCGUUUUUUUUCCCCCCCGCCCCUGGCGGGUGAGGCUCGCCUGGGCUACGGAGCGAUUUCCCCUCCCCUCCCCCCGGGGUGGCACCGGGUGCCCCCGGGGAGCUAGCGGGGAGCGGUGCAGCCCUCUAGACCACACCGUGGGUCCCGGGUCCCGCGCCUGCCGCGGCAGAGCCGUGCCCGGGGCAGCCUAGCGGGCGGCAGGGGGGCCGGCGGCGUGUUUCCCUGUUUAGUGCUUGUGCCCGUUGGCUCCACCUCCCUCACCUCUGGCCUGUACUGAGCACCGAGUCCCGCUGUGACGUUGUGAUUCUUUCAUUGUAAAAGUUUGAAAAUAAAGCUUCUCCGUGUUCCA